UUCAAGUGCUAAAUUUCUGUACAUUUAAUUUACAUCGUCACACUGUAAGCAUGAUUUCUCAAGACUCCUUGUUAAAGUAUGAUUAUCCACUGUUAGUGAGCAAGAAUACAGAGAGGAAAUCACCAAAGAGUCGCCCUUUGAAAGUGAUUCCUCAACAGAUGGCAGUCAAAGGCCCAGUCCCACCUCCACCCAAACCCAAGAGUCCCUCAGAAGAUGCCAACAAGCAGCAAACUGAAGAGAUCCUAAAUGCUAUCCUACCACCAAAGGAAUGGAUUGAGGACAACCAGUUAUGGGUGCAACCAGUGUCCAGUGCGCCAUGCACACGAAUGGAAGUUAUUAACUUGCAAAAAGAGCUGGAUCAAAAACUGCAGCAGAAGCAGGCGAGAGAGACGGGCAUUUGUCCAGUCCGUAGGGAGCUAUACUCUCAGUGCUUUGAUGAGUUAAUCAGACAGGUUACCAUUAACUGUGCUGAGAGGGGCCUUCUGCUGCUGCAAGUAAGGGAUGAGAUUUGCAUGACCAUCACUGCCUAUCAAACACUGUACGAGAGUAGCGUGGCUUUCGGCAUGAGAAAAGCAUUGCAGGGGGAGCAAGGAAAGUCUGACUUGGAGAACAGGAUUUUGGAGUUGGAGAAUGAGAAGCAGAAUUUGGAGAGGCAGGUGAAUGAGCAGAAGGCUAAAUGCGAGGCCAUCGAGAAACGGGAAGCAGAGCGGAAGGAAAUUGAGGAUAAGAAGCAUGCUGAAGAAGUCCAGUUCCUCAAACGAACCAAUCAGCAGCUCAAGGUGCAGCUGGAGGGCAUAAUUACCCUGAAGAAUAAAGCCUGAAUAUUAUUCAGAAAAUUAUUUAAAAAAACCAAAAAAUAAAAUACAAAUUUCAG